GUUUGUGCUUAGCUAGGACUUUUAUUUUAAAUGUUGGGAGUGCGUUGUGUAGUUUUCAGCUUCAGUCCACAGUUUGUGUUUUCACGAUUUUUUUGGCCUCGACUUUAUUUUACAGCUGUACACAAUGGUUUGUGAGAAAUGUGAGAAGAAACUUGGGCGAGUUAUCACUCCUGAUACCUGGAAAGAUGGUGCAAGAAAUACAACAGAGAGUGGCGGACGGAAACUCAAUGAAAAUAAAAUGCUGACAUCAAAAAAGGCCAGGUUCGAUCCCUAUGGGAAGUCAGGUUUUGCCACAUGCAGAAUAUGCAAAAGCUCCGUCCACCAGUCUGGGUCACACUACUGUCAGGGAUGUGCUUACAAGAAAGGAAUCUGUGCUAUGUGUGGCAAGAAGGUCCUGGACACCAAAAACUACAAACAGACCUCAGUGUGAUUGGCACAGUCAGACAUUUCUAAUCUUUUUAGAGGUGAGAGAGGGUUGUGUAGAAAAAUGCCUCUAUAUAUUCAGAUAGUUGAUUUAGUGGCCUAUCAGUUUGUGGUGGUUUUGUGUUAUUAUUCAGUACGAUAGUCAGUUUUAUAUAACUGUACCGAAGCUGAAUAUACAUUGUUGAUGUUUUUUUCCUCAAUAGAUUACUUUAAAGCAAUAUAGCAACUUGCACUGUUUGGAUAAAAUUAGAUGCCUUUCCCAAAUGAAAAGCUCUAAGUACUUGUUUUACUUUUUUUUCUGAACAGACUAUAUUACAUUUUCACCAUUUAUAUGUAGAUUUAAUUGCAAAUCAUUCAAUAUGUACAUUUUUUGAAACACAUAUCGCACAGCAGCCAGUGCAGGCUGUUUUAUUACCAGGUUUUCACUGACAUUCAACCUGAGGUUCCAGUGUUGACAUUUAAAUGUCAUCUUUUCCUAGAGGCAGUUUUCUUUUUCCCAUUUGUGUGAUUAUAUGAAUUUUGUAAGUUUGUGUUUUAUUAUAGACUGUUUAAUAGACUGUUUAAUGUACUGUUCACCCAAUAAUCGUGGUCAUGAAUAUCGUUAUUAUUAUUGCCAUCUCUUCUGUAAGAACAUGUUCUUUUCUGCUUCUCAGAAUUUUAUGGCUGUAAAUAUGUUUGGAUUUUGCCAUAAUAAAAUGGUGAAGUAA